UAUACUUAGCUUUAUCAAGUCUAUAAAAUUCCAUCUCCAACACUAUCGAAAUCCUCUCCGAUAUACUUUCUUCCCACCAUCUCUCUCCCAACUUCUCAAAUCUUCAAUCCCUAAUUUCUCUCUCAAUCUCUGAUCUUUCAUCUCUUAGAUAUUUUGAUGUUCCGGCCGGACCGGCGAUCAUGUCUCCGGUGAUCAGCGAAGUACUCCUCUCAGGAUUGACCAUCUCCUCCACCCUCCGCCGCCGCACUCACUUGGUCCAAUCCUUCUCCGUCGCCUUCCUCCACUGGUUCUACGUCUUCUCAUGAACAACCUCCCCUAAUCAUCAUCGAUCACCAAAUUAAACCCUGCUAGGCCUUUUUAUUUCAUAUUUUCAAUCUCGAUCUUAAUUCAAUUGUUAGUACAUCAUAGCUAGCAUAUAUAUAUAAUAAAUUAUAAGAAACAUUAGCAUCAUGGCUUGUUCUAGUGGAAAUUGUUCAUCAGGAUCAAGCGAGGUGAAACUUGAGAGCGUGAAAUCGCGAGAAGAUUCGCAGAUGAUUAUGAUGAUGGAUCAAAGGAAGCGGAAACGCAUGAUAUCGAACCGGGAAUCGGCUAGGCGAUCGAGGAUGAAGAAGCAGAAGCUUCUGGAUGAACUAACGGCCCAGGUGAAUCAACUCGAGGCGGAAAACAGCCAUAUCCUGGCCAAUCUCGGCGUCGUGACUCGGCUUCGCCUGGAAGUCGAGGCCGAAAACUCGAUCCUCAUGGCUCAGGUGGCGGAGCUCAACCACCGCCUGCGCUCCCUCAACGAGAUCCUGAACAAUAUGAGUCCCAGCAAUAGUUCAAGUUGGGAUUAUGAUGAUGAUAUCGAUGAUGAUUUCUUCAAGCCAUGGAAUAUCAUCCCUCUCAUAGCUUCUCCUAAUGCUCUGGUUGAAUACUAAUGGCGGUUUAAAUUAUGUUCUAGAUCUAAUGCACAAGUGUUAAACUAUAAUGUUUGUACCAUGUCAAUUGUUAUAUCUUUUCUUUUUUAUGUAUAAUAAGCACCUUCUAAAUAUUAAAGUCAGUUAAAAUUAUGUUCAAUUUAUUGAAAGUACGCAUAAAA